CUCAUGUGAUAGCGAAGGCCGAGGGUCUGGCCAUCAUCUCCGUCAUCAAGGCCGGCUUCAUGAUCACCGCCAGAGGAGGGAGCGGCAUCGUCAUCGCCAGACUGGCCGACAGACGUUGGUCCGCACCUUCUGCCAUCGGCAUCGCUGGCCUGGGAGGAGGCUUCGAGAUCGGAGUGGAGGUGUCGGACCUGGUGAUCAUCCUGAACCAGCGUAGAGCCAUUGAGGCAUUCACAAAGGGCGGGAAUCUGACGCUGGGCGGGAACUGCACCGUUGCCGUGGGACCCAUGGGCAGGAACGUGGAGGCUGACGUGGCGCUGCGUAGCACUGCAGCUGUUUUCACCUACUGCAGGUCCAGAGGUUUGUUUGCUGGAAUCUCGUUGGAGGGAUCGUACCUGAUUGAACGCAAAGACACCAACCGCAAGUUUUACUCCCAGGAUAUCCGUGCGUCGGCCAUUUUGAACGGCGAUGUGGAGCCCCCCUCGGAGUGCCACGCCCUUUAUCACAUCCUGGAUGCCUACGCUGAGGCCUACACCUCUGAUUGGUGCAGCAAGAACAUGCGACAAAAGUCAUCUGUCACUCCAUCCAGACCUCCUGCUCCGCCGAAGCAGAAACCGCCCAGCAGCUACCAGCCACCGGCGAGCAGCUACCAGCCGCCGCCCAGCAGCUACCAGCCUCCGGCGAGCAGCUAC